CUGGGUCCCUGUACGGCCUCCCCUGCUCGAUUUAUCGCCAACCUGCCAUGGCCACUUUCAGGUCCUUACACUGUUGGUGGGGUUUCCUUUUGUGAUAGGGUGCUGUAUGGCCUUCCAUGCUGCUGCCUCCACCGCCACCCUCGCCCUGUGCCCUGUCUCUGCUCACGUGCUGACGGCUUUCCCCUUUUUUACCCAGGCCGUCUCGUAGUAGAUUGCACGGAGGAGUAGAUGUUCGUUAUUGGAAUUAACUGUGAGGGACUUUUACACUAGGCUGUGUAUGUGCCUACAAUUGAAGCUGCUUCUGCUCCGCCACUCUGCCAUUGGACUCUUGAUAGUCGUCUCCCCACGCUGCGUGCUGGGGGGACUUUUUUAACAUAGGCCCUCUGUAUGGCCUUCAAUUUUAGCUGCUUACGCUCCGCCACUCUGCCAUGGGCCCCUGUACCCGCCUCCUCA